UGGCUGGCCCUGCUAAUUGCAAUAAAAAAACACGAGUAGAAAUUACUCCAAGAGUAAUUCCCAUAGCAGGCCUUGUAUGCUAUCUAACGGGUGAGAGUAUAGGAACCCUCUAGCGAGGCUAGCCUGUUGUAAUAUUAGUAGCAUUAGCAAAGGCGACCAUCAUGCAGUUAACCAACCUUUGCGUUCUACUUGCAGCAAAUGUUGCGUUAGCUGCUCCAGACACUCAUACUAGUGUGGCUGCACUACGACACUGUGUGUCGGGCGUGUUUUGUGCAAGUGCACCACAAAGAGUCAUUGAUGCCUCCAAUGAAACGUACACGGAUGCUAGAAUCGGGGAACAGAUUCAGUUUAAGCAGUUCCCUGCUCUUAUUGCUUACGCUCAAAGCGCCGACGAAGUUCCUAAGCUUCUCCAAUGUGCCAAAAGACACGGCUGCAAAGCCGUUCCUCGAAGUGGUGGGCACCAUUUCGAAAGCUGGUCAGCUUUGAACGAUACUCUUGUCAUCGACAUUGGCCAUAUUGACUACGUACAUGUUGGCGCUGACCGCAAGUCGGCCCAGGUCGGCGGUGGAAUUCGCCUUGGUGCCUUGUAUACCGCGCUUGAUUUGCACAACACCACUUUCAAUGGUGGCAUUUGCCCAACUGUUGGACUUUCUGGCUUUCUUGGCUCUGGAGGUUUCACAAUGCAGAUGCGAUCUGAGCAUGGCGUUGGCACGGACAAUGUGAUUUCAGCCAAGGUAGUUACUGCGGACGGCAGGAUAGUCGAGGCCUCCAAAACAACCAACUCUGAUUUGAUCUUUGCCAUUCGUGGAGGAGGUGGUGGCUCUUAUGGUAUUGUUGUCGAAUGGACCCUUUCCCUCGUCACAUACCCGCGUUCCGCCAUUGUCUUUAUGAAUUGGACAAACGGCGAUAACCACUACGAAAUUGCGCGCCAAUUCCUGGAAUGGGCACCCACUGCCCCCGCCGAAUUCACUACAAAUAUCAACAUCCACCCCGACAAUCUACAGCUUAUUGGGUGGUACCUGGGCAAGAACAAGCAGGAUCUCGAGGCGCUGAUGAAGACCUCCGGUCUCACCAGCAUUGGUAAACCACAAAUCACUAUUGGAAACGACUGCAGUACCGACAACUCUCGCCUCUUUGGCUACUACAUCUUUGAUUGUGUCCCCGACGACAAAUUGGCCUCUGUCAAGCCUGUCCUCAACACACAGCAAGAAGCUUUCACCCAAAUUGACCAGUACCCUCAAUUCAAGUACAACGAAACCGUCCAAGAUCAGCACUACGCGCCGGCACCUCCUUGGGAAAGAUAUCGCCGUAUGUCGAAGUCCUUCUUUGUGCAAAAGACCAAGCCUCUUGAUGACGGUACACUUAAAAAGGCUAUUCAGAAAAUUCAAGAUCUAUCUCCCGAGUCUCUAGGCUGGGCAGAAUGGCAUGCCUGGAACCUCUCCACGACACACACGGAUUCUGCUUUUGCAUGGAAGGAAAAGGCGCUCGCUCAUCUCCAGUUCCAAAUCCACGGCUCAGCAAACGCUACGGUGCAGGCUACUUACGACGAGUGGAUGGCAAGUAUGGAGCAGCUGCUACGCCCUGUUGUCGGCCCUGCCUCUUACUCCGGCGAAAUGGAUGCAAAGAUAUCCACUGAUCCAUUGACUUCGUACUAUGGAGACAACGUGUGCAAGUUGGUCUCUGCAAAGAAGAGAUGGGAUCCCAAGGAAUUCUUCACUAACCCGUUUUCGAUUCCAGCAAAGGCCCCGAAAGGCCUAAAUUGCUAGAAACAGGACUCUAUAUUUCAGUUCAUUGUCUCACUUCUCUGCGUUCUUUAUCUGUAUAGAUUAUUGGACAACGCUUUUGUUUUUCAGCUUUUGUUUGUAUGUCUUUUAGAUUAGUAGCUAUUACUUUUUAUACUAUGUCCAUUUAUUUUAUCCACCGUCCAAAUCCCAUUGCCAACUCGACAGCACAGUCUCCUUUGACGAGGCU